AUGAGCUCGGUUCUUUUGCGAAAGGCUAGGAACCAGUAUACUUGGAAAGGGUUUGGGGCAAUCCCUAAUGCUUUGCAGGAGCUAAAGGAAGAGGGUCUGAAAGAGAACUUCAAUACUUUCCACGGCAAUUUCCAGGGCAAUGAUGAUCCAAAAUGUUCGCAGGAACCCCAGUGUCAAUCUCAAAUCUUCAGGAAACUCGAAAAAUGCAGGAACAAAAUUGUUGAGCUUAGACCUGCCGGAAAGAUUGCUUCAGGCAUAACCGAGAUACCGUUUUCUAUGCAUAUCAGGCAACCAAAAGAAGAUAACCUCGAAAAGUUCUAUGAGACGUUCCAUGGAGGAAAUAUUAACAUUCAGUAUUUAGUGACUGUAGAUAUAUCGAGAGGAUACCUGUAUAAGUCGUUAUCUACAACAAUGGAGUUCAUAGUUGAAAGUGAUAAAGGUGGAUUUCGAAUCAUUGGAAAAAUGGCCACUCAAUGUUCUUUAUCGGAUCCUGUUAGUGGUGAACUAACAGUAGAAGCAUCUGCAGUUCCAAUUUCUUCCAUUGAUAUACACUUGCUUCGUGUAGAGUCAAUCCUUCUAGGGGAGAAAAUUGUGACUGAGAAGUCUGUGGUUCAGACUACACAGGUAUGUACCCUUUCUUAUCUUCUCAACAUAUAUAACUCAAUUUACUUGUCAUAA